UCAUCUCACUUUCUCCAUCUAAAAUCUCUUCCUUUUAUUAAAUUUUCUCCCAAAAAACAUCUUACAGAUCUCUCUCAUGGCGAUGUCUUUAUCAGGAGCUGUUCUCUGUGGCAUGGGUUCUUCUUUCCACAACGUAGGAGCCAAGCAGAGCAGCGUUGGUUUCGUCGGAGUUGGCCGGAAGAGUGAGUUCGUCGUCGUUGCUCAGCGCAAGAAGUCGUUGAUAUACGCCGUUAAAGGUGACGGCAACAUCCUCGAUGACCUCAACGAAAACACAAAGAAAGCUUCUGAUUUCGUGACGGAUAAGACAAAGGAGGCGUUGGCGGAUGGUGAGAAAACAAAAGACUACAUUGUUGAGAAAACCAUUGAAGCCAAUGAAACUGCGACUGAGGAAGCUAAGAAAGCUUUGGAUUAUGUGACGGAGAAAGGAAAAGAUGCCGGAAACAAGGCGGCCGAGUUCGUAGAGGGUAAAGCAGGAGAGGCUAAGGAUGCCACAAAGUAAAGCCCUGAUUCAACCACUUCUUUUGAUUCACUAGUUUAAAAAAUAAGAUCUGUUUGUUUUAAUUUCCUUUUCACCAUUUGAAAUGAAGAUCUGUUAAUUAC